AUGGCCGCGGCCACCAUCGUGCACGACACCUCGGAGGCGGUGGAGCUGUGCCCGGCCUACGGCCUGUACCUCAAGCCCAUCACCAAGAUGACCAUCAGCGUGGCGCUGCCGCAGCUCAAGCAGCCGGGCAAGUCCAUCUCCAACUGGGAGGUGAUGGAGCGACUCAAGGCCAUGGUGCAGCACCACCAGUUCUCGGCGCUGCGCAUCGCCAAGAGCACCAUGGACUUCGUGCGCUUCGAGGGCGAGGUGGAGAACCGCGCGCUGGUCAGGGCCUUCCUGGCCUGCCUGGACGGCAAGACCAUCAAGCUGAGCGGCUUCUCCGACGCCCUGAGGGUGCGCGCCGCCGAGUUCAAGAUCGACUUCCCCACGCGCCACGACUGGGACUCCUUCUUCCGCGACGCCAAGGACAUGAACGAGACGCUGCCCGGCGAGCGGCCCGACACCAUCCACCUGGAGGGGCUGCCCUGCCGCUGGUUCGCGCGCCGGGAGGCCGGCGGGGGCGGCGGGGGCGGCGGCGGGGCCGGCGGCGGGGGCGGCGCCGAGCGCCCCAGCGAGGACGUGCUGGUGCGCGUGUUCGAGCGCUUCGGCGCCAUCCGCCACGUGGACAUCCCCAUGCUGGACCCCUACCGCGAGGAGAUGACGGGCCGCAACUUCCACACCUUCAGCUUCGGCGGCCACCUCAACUUCGAGGCCUACGUGCAGUACCGCGAGUACGCCGGCUUCGUGCGGGCCAUGGGCGCUCUGCGCGGCAUGAAGCUCAUGCACAAGGGCGAGGACGGCAAGGCGGUGGCCUGCAACAUCAAGGUCUCCUUCGACUCCACCAAGCACCUGAGCGACGCCUCCAUCCGCAAGCGGCAGCUGGAGCGGCAGAAGCUGCAGGAGCUGGAGCGGCAGCGGGAGGAGCAGAAGCGGCGGGAGAAGGAGGCCGAGGAGCGGCAGCGGGCGGAGGAGAGGAAGCAGAAGGAGCUGGAGGAGAUGGAGCGCGAGCGGCGGCGGGAGGAGAAGCUGCGGCGGCGGGAGCAGCGGCAGCGGGACCGGGAGCUGCGCCGCAGCCAGAAGAAGCUGGCGAAGCUGCAGGCGGAGGAGCAGCGGCAGCUGCAGGAGAAGGUCCGGCUGGAGGAGCGGCGGCUGCUGCUGGCCCAGCGCAACCUGCAGUCCCUGCGGCUGCUCACCGAGCUGCUGGGCCGCGCCAAGGCGGCCCGGCUGCAGGAGCGGGAGCGGCGGCAGCUGGAGGAGCAGCGGCGGCAGCUGGAGGAGCGGCGGCGGCUGCAGGAGGCCGAGCUGCGGCGCGUGGAGGAGGAGAAGGAGCGCGCGCUGGGCCUGCAGCGCAAGGAGCGGCAGCUGCGGCAGCGCCUGCUGAGCAUCCUGCUGAGCCGCCAGGCCGACGGCCCGCAGGCGCCCGGCGAGCUGGGCGUGGCGCCCGCCGACCUGCUGCAGCCCAUGCUGGCCAUCCUGCAGAGCGUGUCCGCCGCCCAGCUGCUGCCCACGGCGGCCGAGCCCGAGGCCCCGGCCCGCGGCGGCGCGGCGGAGGCCGCCCGGGGCCGGGACCGGGACCGGGACCGCGCGUCCCCCGAGAAGCGGGGCCCGGCCGUGCUGGCCUGCAUCCCCGACAACCACCAGCAGCCCAAGGCCGCGCCGCCCGCCGCCUGCGAGCCCGCCGCGCCGCCCCGCAAGGACGCGCUGUCCGAGCUGGACAAGUGCAACCGCGAGCCGGGCGCGCCGGGCGAGGGCCGCGCCCGCGGGGAGCCGGGCGGCGAGGACAGGCGCGCCCGGGAGCAGCGCAGCGGGUCGCGCCGGGCCGGCAGCCGCGAGCCGCGCAAGGAGCGCCGAUCGCACAAGAAGCGCUCGCACCCGGACGGCAGCCCCCGGCGGCGCAGCGCCAGCCCCGGCCACGCGCGGCCCCGCCGGUCCCGCAGCCAGGACCGCGCCGGCCGCCGCGAGCGCAGCCGGGAGCGCAGGGCCAGCUCGGGCCGCAAGCGCAGCCGCCACCGCCGCAGCCAGCGGUCCCGCUCCGGCUCCCCGCGGUCCCCGGGCCCGCACCGCAGCGCCUGGGACAGGUAA